CGCUCCGCUUCCCCAGCCUUCUAGCCUCCACAUUUCUGAUCUUCCCCGCUGAAUGCUCAAUCUGCUCUCCACGACCGUCAGAGGGAUUUCCAGCCCCACGACACAAACAGCUUUUCUCGUACACCUCUUUCGCCACAACUUUCUGACGCCGACGUCACUUUCCCAGACGUACAACACUCAGCACAACAUGGCGACUCUAGGAGCCUUGAAGAAGCACAAGGUGACCAUUGUAGGGUCCGGCAACUGGGGCACCACAAUGGCGAAGCUUGUUGCCGAAAACACAAAAGCCCACCCCAGCCUGUUCGAAGAGACCGUGCAGAUGUGGGUGCAUGAAGAACAAGUCACCAUUCCCAAGGAGUCCCGACACUUCGACCCUGCCUCCGAGCUGGCCAACAAGCCCCAGAAGCUCUCCGAACUGGUCAAUAAGCUCCACGAGAACGUCAAAUAUCUCCCGAACAUUACCCUCCCUCCCAACGUCAUAGCGAAUGCCGACAUCGUGGACGCCUGCAAAAACUCUACAAUCUUGGUGUUUGUGUUGCCGCAUCAGUUCAUAGCGCGGGCUUGCGACCAGCUGAAAGGCAACAUCGUGCCGUAUGCGCGAGCAAUAUCCUGCACAAAGGGUGUGGACGUCUCUGAGAAGGGCAUUCGUCUUCUCUCGGAGUCGAUAGGGAUUCGUCUAAGCAUCUACUGUGGAGCUCUCUCUGGAGCCAACAUUGCCUCGGAGAUUGCCCAGGAGAAAUACUCUGAGACAACUGUUGCGUAUGAUCCUCCCCCUCUGGACUCGCGUGCCCCCACACCAAAAGGCUCUCCUACUUCGUCGAACGUUGACUUGAUCUCUCCGAGCAACCCCAAUCCGUCUGCUCGCUCUGCCAGACUGCAGGCGCUACCAUCAGAGUACCCGCCUCUUUCCCACGAGAACGUCCGCAAGCUCUUCCAUCGCCCAUACUUCCAUGUGCGUCUGGUCUCGGAUGUGGCAGGUGUAUCUCUCGGUGGCGCCCUUAAGAACAUCAUCGCUCUAGCUGCGGGCUUUGUCGAUGGACUUGGUUGGGGCGACAACGCGAAAGCUGCCGUGAUGCGCGUGGGGAUCUUGGAGAUGGUCGCGUUCGGGAAAGCAUUCUUCGAAGACUCUGUCCAUGCCAGCACCUUUACCGAGGAGAGCUGUGGUGUUGCCGAUGUCGUGACUAGUUGCAUGGGCGGCCGCAACUUCAAGAGCGCAAAGAUGGCUAUUGAGAAGGGGAUCAGCAUUGAUGAGGUAGAGAAGACGCAGCUGAACGGACAGAAGCUGCAGGGAACGAGCACGGCGUAUGAGGUGAACAGCUUCUUGAAAAGCCAGGGAAUGGAGGACAAGUUCCCAUUGUUCACUGCGGUUUACAAUAUCCUUGAAGGCAAUGUCAAGCCUGAGCAGAUCCCGGAUCUGAUUGAGUCCAAAAACUAGGUUAUUGGAGUAGGAUAUCAUUUUAUCAGCAUUGCAUAGCACGAGAAGGACUUCGGGAGGUAAGUGGGAUAGGAUUGGCAAUACCCUUGUGUUGGCCUUGGGCGGAAAUGCACUUUGACUAGUAGCGUUCGUAGAAAUUCGAUGAAAUACCUG